AUGAGCAGCCCCCCAGCUUACCCCAGCAUCAGGAUCUCGGGGUGCUGGACCCUUGGAGCAGAGGGCAGCAGCAAUGCAGAGUCUCUGGAUCGGCUCCUCCCGGCUGUAGGCACAGGACGCUCACCCCGGAAGCGUACCACAAGCCAGUGCAAGUCUGAGCCCCCCCUGCUGCGGACCAGCAAGCGAACCAUCUACACAGCGGGGCGACCACCUUGGUACAAUGAGCAUGGCACACAGUCCAAGGAGGCCUUUGUCAUUGGCCUGGGUGGUGGCAGUGCCUCAGGAAAGACCACUGUGGCCCGAAUGAUCAUUGAGGCCCUUGAUGUACCCUGGGUAGUGCUGCUGUCCAUGGACUCCUUCUAUAAGGUGCUGACCAGGCAGCAGCAGGAGCAGGCUGCCCACAACAACUUCAACUUUGAUCACCCUGAUGCCUUCGACUUCGAUCUCAUUGUUGCCACCCUCAAGAAGCUGAAGCAGGGCAAGAGUGUCAAGGUGCCCAUCUAUGACUUCACCACCCACAGCCGCAAGAAGGACUGGAAAACUCUCUACGGUGCCAAUGUCAUCAUCUUUGAGGGUAUCAUGGCCUUUGCAGACAAGACACUGCUGGAGCUCCUGGACAUGAAGAUCUUUGUGGACACAGACUCAGACAUCAGGCUGGUGCGCCGUCUCCGCCGAGACAUCACCGAGCGGGGCCGGGACAUCGAGGGCGUCAUCAAGCAGUACAACAAGUUCGUGAAGCCUGCCUUCGACCAGUACAUCCAGCCCACCAUGCGCCUGGCCGACAUUGUGGUGCCCAGAGGGAGUGGAAACACAGUGGCCAUUGACCUGAUAGUGCAGCAUGUGCACAGCCAGUUGGAGGAGCGUGAACUCAGUGUCAGGGCUGCGCUGGCCUCUGCACACCAGUGCCACCCUCUGCCACGGACACUGAGCGUUCUCAAGAGCACACCACAGGUGCGGGGCAUGCACACCAUCAUCAGGGACAAGGAAACCAGCCGUGAUGAGUUCAUCUUCUACUCCAAGAGGCUGAUGCGUCUGCUCAUUGAGCACGCCCUGUCCUUCCUGCCCUUCCAGGAGUGUGUUGUGCAGACCCCGCAGGGCCAGGACUACUCGGGCAAGUGCUACGCGGGGAAGCAGAUCACCGGUGUGUCCAUCCUGCGUGCGGGUGAGACCAUGGAGCCGGCGCUGCGGGCUGUGUGUAAAGAUGUGCGCAUUGGCACAAUCCUCAUCCAGACCAACCAGUUCACUGGGGAACCUGAGCUGCACUACUUGCGGUUGCCCAAGGACAUCAGUGAUGACCAUGUGAUCCUGAUGGACUGCACCGUAUCCACGGGUGCGGCAGCCAUGAUGGCUGUGCGUGUGCUCCUGGACCACGAUGUGCCUGAGGACAAGAUCUUCCUGCUGUCACUACUCAUGGCCGAGAUGGGUGUACACUCAGUGGCCUAUGCCUUCCCACGGGUGAAGAUCAUUACCACUGCAGUGGACAAACGUGUCAAUGACCUUUUCCGCAUCAUCCCAGGCAUUGGGAACUUCGGUGACCGGUACUUUGGGACAGAUGCUGUCCCUGACGGCAGUGACGAGGAGGAAACAGCAUCUACGAGUUAGUGGCCU